UGUUUGAAUAUAUUCUCCGGAAAUAGGCCACUUGGCAAACCGAUUUGACGAGCGAGACGCGACGCAGUUGCCUUGGUAUUGUUUUUUAGUCGGUGCAGUGUGUUUACUUUACCGAUUUCGAGAAAAUAAGCAAGAAAAUCAGGUCCUGCUGUAGCGAGUUAUUUCGGAUAAAACGAGUUUUCAGCCAUAAUCGUUCUGGUUUUGCUAACAUCGCUAGCUAAUAUUUGGUUGCCAACUAUUCUUCAACGAUGCAUGAAGCUAGCCUUCAAGUAGACACAUUACAAUGUAACACGUCAGCAUGUUGGUACUGUAAUGUUAUUAUUUAUUUUUUUACAAAACAGUUGUUCGGAUGUAGUGUGCUUUGUGGAUAGUUAAACACGAGGGGAUGAUUUAGCGUCAGAAGUCAGGGGAAAGUGAUUAGCUUAGUGAAGGGCUGGGCUCAGGCUGAACAGUUGCAGCUGUACGUUUACAGGAGAUCGUAGACAUCUGGUUUAAGAAUACUUAGCCAGAAUAUAAUAAAAAAAAUAAAGUAUGGAGAAUAAUCUGAUGCGUCUAGUGGCUGUACAGCAUCUCCGCUCGGCUUAUGGGAUCAAAAUUAAGAGUUGGAACAAAAACAAAGCAUCGAGCUGCAAGACAACAACUAGCAAUUCGACCAAAGUUUUUGGGGUACCCCUGGACAGCCUACCAUGCUGCUAUAUGGAAUGUGGAAGAGUGCCAAGAUUUCUGGUAGAUGCUUGUGGUCACCUGGUCGCCCAAGUUGACACAGAAGGCCUGUUUAGGAAAUCGGGCUCUGUGGUCCGUCUGAAAGCGCUCAGGGCUAAACUUGAUGCAGGAGAGGAGUGCCUAUCUGCUGCUCCUCCCUGUGAUGUUGCAGGUCUUGUGAAGCUGUUCUUCAGGGAGCUUCCAGAACCCGUCAUUCCCACCGAGUUGCAGGAUGCCUUUUUUAAGGCCCAGCAGCUCCCCACUGAGGAGGAAAGAACUUCUGCUACCAUGCUUUUGACUUGUGUGUUGUCAGAGAGAAACAUUUCUCUUCUGCGCCACUUCUUCGACUUUCUCCAAUGUGUUUCUCAAAGGAGUGCAGAGAAUAAAAUGAACAGCAGUAACUUGUCUGUAAUUUUGGCCCCCAACCUCCUUCACUCUGGAGAUGCUCCAGAAAAGAUGAACGCUAACAUGGAGAAACGCCUCAAACUGCGGGCGGCCAUGGUGCACUGCUUCAUAGAAAAUGCCAACGACUUUGGUGUGUUACCGCAGUUUCUUCAGGAGAAAGUUCCUGCCAUGAUGGGCUGUGAGGCGGGCGUUUUUUCUCCCUCUCACGGUCACAGUGAAGAGGAAGACCUAAACUCAGGGAUGAAACGGAAAAAUGGACGCAGCUUUGGACAUGUGGUCAGUGGUGCUCUGAGUAAGAUAAAAACUAAUAGAACACCUACAAAAGGCACUCAGGCUGACAGUCUUGUCUUUUCUUCUGCCACCCCUGUGAUUGUGACACCAGCAUCCAAGCGCAAACUUCCAUUUGAGUCUCGCAACUCUUUUGGAUUUUCAAACAAGAAACGUAGAUCUAUCAAAAAGAGCCUUGGCAUAGACUUACUACCCAACGCUCUGUUCAGUGGCUCCACCACUCCUGGUUCAGCCUACAGCGCUUCUGGGGUGUUGGACUCCUCCUCGAACGUCUUGUCAUCGGUUGGGAGAUCUAAAAGGCAAACAACUACCUCUGCAAGGAGAAAGAGCAAAGGAUUAAGCAGCAAACACAUCAGCAGAGUUGAAUCAGGAAGAGCUGGCUGCUUUUCUCCUAAGGUCAGCAAAAAAGAAGAUCCAAGCAAGUCUCUGCGCAAGCGCUUUAGCCUGGGAAAGAGCAGCAAAGGCACCGGAUCUGAGUCCAUUGGUUUGCGACUUGCCACACAGAAGAGCACCUUCCUUUUCCCUGAAGUGACAGAUUUCAAUCUGCCCAGAAAUCCUGAGUCGAAAAGCUCCAAGUACAUUAGCAAGUCGGAGGACAACUUGGUGACCCCCCAGUUUGACUCGAGGGCUCACCGGGCUUCGUGGAUUGAAGAGACCCCUCUAGGAGCUGAGGCUUUCAGCGGAGGGUCUUUUACAGACAGCCCUGUGAACAUGCGCCUUAAGAGCAACUACACCUCCGAACCAGCCAUUGUCUUGUCCAAGUCUUCACCGGGGAGCAUCCGGCACUUGAAGUUGUGUUGUGCUUCCAGUGCAGAGAGCCUCGAGAGCACAGAAACUGUGAAAACUGGCAAGGAUGAGACUGAGACCAGCCGGGAGGAGGGAGGAGGGAGUGUGGUAAAACCCUCGGAUGAUAUCCUGUUUACUCCACCAGUCAAAGGUUUUUCUACGGACACAGAGACUCCCGUUCUAACACAACAGAGCCAUCCGGGAAAUAAGCAGAAUGUUACUUUUGGCCAAAUGGACAUGGCGGUGCUCACACCUUUGCAUAUUGAUAGUGUAGACUUUGAGUCCAGUGUACACUGUAGUCCAGUAAUCCAAGAUAAAUCUCAAUUUGGUUGCCACAGCAACUCCAUGUUCAGAUCAACUGAAAGUGUAGCAGAGCAGAUGAGCUGCAGCAGGCUCAUCGACGCUCUUGAUGUGCAAAGUCCUCAUUUCACACUGGGCGUCUCCUCAUCGACUCCCUACAAGCUGCUGGAAAAGGAGCCGGUUACGCCGACUAAAGCUGGCACUCCAGGCAGCAGAUCACAUGACAUGGAAGAGUUUAGCUCUAAAGCUCAAAACCAGCCGUUCCUUUCACUAGAGAACCAUAAGCCUGGGAAACGCCGGGUGGCGGACCACAUUCAACACUUCAACAAACUCACCCUGUACUCCCCCACCGACUCGACGAACAAACUAAUCCGGUCUCCGCUGAAGUUCCAACGCACGCCUGUCCGGCAGACGGUCCGCCGGAUCAACUCUCUCGUAGGAGAGAGUAGGAGACCCACACUCACAGUGGAGAAGUGUUUGAGUCUAGAGAGCGGCCUCUCCCCUCACUCAAAGCUCCAGCCUCAGCAGAGACGGCCUCAAGCGACACGCGUCAACCACGUGCCGCCUGGGAAGAAGCCUCCCCCCGUUCCACCCAAAAAGCUCAACAGUCUGGUGCAAAAACCAGCAUCUUCUGCUCUGGGAGACAUGACCAACAAGGUCCUACCAAAGAUUAAAGUUGAGAGCUCUGCCUCCAAUCCAACAGGAACCCAGAAGAAUCUGAUCCAACAGGUUGUUAAGGACACGAACCAUUACAGAGGUUCUCCCAGGAACCCGCUAAACACGGGACAACUUCUGUCGGCUACUAAACCGGUCGACCUAUAGAGGACGUUACGCUUCCUCCUUUUUUCUCUUGCUAUUCAAGUAUUUUAUUUUUUUUUAAACAUGACAUGAAACAUUUUGUCAUGGAUGCUUUUACCUCCCUUAAUUUAUUUUUUAGCUGUAGUAAAGGUUGUUUGUGUCCGACGAGUGGGAGAUGAUCAUUUUAGAUGAGUGUGCCAGCUAAAUUAUGGAGGUAUGACUGGAAAUGAUUCCAUGGACUGUUUUGCAUGUAUUUCUGCAUCUUAAGCCAGUUCUGAGCUUUGUGUUUUGGGGAUCAUUGAAAAGAUUAUUUUAAGUAUUUUCUUUAUAAAAGAUAUGACAACAUAUGUUCUUACUGUUCUUUUGUCUUGAGGUAGAAAAAGAGGAAAGAAAUUGCAUUUUACUGACUUUUCUCUCAUUUUUUAGAUUAUAAAACCUUUUUUCUUUAAAACUCACCACCAGCCUGCUUUAGACAACAGCUUUAGUUUUUUUAGUGACUGAAUCUUGGAUGACAUGUUAGUGAAACCACAAGAGGGCGCCCUACAUUAGUUUCUCACAGCUUUAUAAAGACUUGAGUAACUUCAGACUAACACGGUCAGAUUCGUGCUGUCAUUCAGCAGCUUUCUUGUAACCAUAUCUGAUGCAGGAUUGGAUCUCUCAGAUUUUUUUUCUGUUAUUUGUAAAAAACAACCUGAGCCAAACAUAAGUAAUAAAAAACCUAUCGCAA